GAAAAAAGAGAUGGCAAGGUGUAUAUUUUAUAUUUUUAUACUAUAGCUAUAUAAUAACAUUUAUACACCUUGUCUUACAAGUUAGUAGUUACUGUCUACUAUACUAUAUUGUACAUAGGACGUAUUUCAACCACAAAAUAGAUAUAAUUUCAACUAUUAUUAUUAUUAUUAUUAUGUUAUUCUCGCCGCCGCGAUAGAGUUGAGCAACAGGUUGUUUUUUUGCUUGCGUUUGUUACUGAUUGGUAAAAACUUUCUUAUUUCUUAUUCCAAAUCGCGUGACGAUGAACGUAAAAAUGAAUUAUCGUUGUUGAAAACGACACACGAUGAGCUUCUCCAGUCAGAUAUUCCGUUCACCGGAGUACACGAGCUUCAGGUGCAACGUGCCUCUCAAACAAAUCAUAUUGGACGAUACCGGCACGAAUAAGGGAUGGAGAGUGUAUGACACGGGUCCUCGUUCAGUUCAAACCCCGUUAGUGUUCUUGCAUCCGGUUAGUGGACGAGCCGAAGUCUUUUUCAAACAAUUGCUAACACUCAGUUCAAAAGGCUAUCGAGUCAUAUCAGCUGAAAAUCCACCUUAUUGGAGUGUGACUGAAUGGUGUGAAGGAUUCAUGCAACUGUUGGAUCAUAUGGAUAUUAAACAAGUGCAUUUAUUUGGUGCUUCAUUAGGUGGAUUUUUGGCUCAAAAGUUUGUAGAGUUUUCUACAAUUGUACAUCAACCUAAAGUUGUAUCACUAUUCUUGUGCAACUCUUUUACUGAUACAUCAAUAUUCAAAUAUAAAGAUGCUGCUGUUUUAUUUUGGAUUUUACCUGCAAUGGUGCUUAGGAAAAUGGUGUUAUCAAAUUUUUCAUCAAGGGAAACAUUUUACGAUACACGAAUAAUGGAUUCAAUAGAUUUUAUGGUUGAGCUGAUUGAAUCAUUGUCACAGGCUGAUCUAGCAUCUCGUUUGACGAUAAACUGUUUGAAUAGCCGCGUUAAUACAUCAUUGAUGAGAGGUUUAAAAAGUGUCACCAUUAUGGAUGUAUUUGAUGACUACGCCUUAGGUUCACCCAUUAAGGAAAAAAUUUACCAGGAAUAUCCUGAUGCUAAACUGGCUCAACUCAAGUCUGGUGGUAAUUUUCCUUACCUAAGUCGCAGUGAUGAAGUUAAUUUACACUUGCAGAUACAUUUGAGAAAAUACGAUGGUACUCCUUUUAGUGCAAGUGAUAACAUUCCGAAUGGAGAGUAAUUCAAAUACUUAAUCAUAAAAAACUGCUCAACAUUUAUACAUUAUUACUGACCAAUUUGCUGAAUAAAAGUGUGCUGUGAAACAGUUUGGCCAAUUUAUAAACACAUAAUAUACAUUUAAUUGCAUUUAGUGAUUGAAUAAUUUUAAAUUUUAUCUCCGUUUUAUAUUUUUUUAAGUCAAGACCUAAUGAAGACUACUAAAAUACUAUACUGUAUUUAAAUUACAUGUGAAAUGUGUGCUACCAAAAACUAUAUUGGUUUAAUGCCUCAUUUUAAAUGAGAAUAUUAUACUAAAAUAAACCACAGUGUGAAUGCAUUGUUCAAAUUUUUAAUUGAUAAACAGCAUUUCUAUGUACAUAAUAUUGCUCUAUGUUGUAUUGAUUAAAAUACUCGAUAUAAUUAUAUUUUUUUAACGUGUACACUUAUAUAUGAUUUUUUUGUGGCGAUAUUAUUUUUAUUUUAAACUUAAUUUGAUUAGUUUUUUAAUUGUUUUUAAUUAAUAUAUAUAUAUUCAAUUUUGUUAUAA